CUCUCUCGCCUCUCUCUCGCCCCUUCCCUUGUUACAUUUCCCCCCUACCCCCUCCCUUUCCCUACGGACUUGGGGAGGCUGGGAACGAGCUGCCAUGUGAUGCCUGUCUGGCCGGGUUUCACUUGGUAACCCCCGAACCGAAAGCCACACACCGGCUGGCCGGCCGAAGCCGGGGCCGGGGGGUGGGCGGGGGGUGCUUGCAAGCUUGAAGACUGCGAGAGAGAGAGAGAGGGAAAGACGCAAAGUUCCUGGAAAAGUGGAGGUCUCCGAUUCAGAAAGUGAGGAUUCUGGAGAAGAGAAGAAUGAUCAAGAGCUGCCACACUCUGUGACAUGUCCAACCCCUUGAUCCAGUCCAUGCAACAUGUACAAGGUGGAGAUCCAUUGAUUCAUCAUCAGUUUGCAUCACAAAGCUUUGGGGGUCCAUGUCUGAAUGGAUUGCUGUAGCCUCAUUUCUCCAUUCAUCCAGUUCCCUGCAUCAUAAGACUUUAAGCCAGCACAGGACCUAGAAAAAUUACAUGGUGUGAACGGAAUGUCUGUGGAUGAGAAGACUGAAUCCCCCAUGUAUGUGUAUGAGUCAACAGUCCAUUGUACCAAUAUCCUCCUGUGCCUCAAUGACCAGCGGAAGAAGGAUAUUCUUUGUGAUGUGACUUUGAUUGUGGAAAGGAAAGAGUUCCGAGCCCACCGGGCUGUGUUGGCAGCAUGCAGUGAAUACUUCUGGCAAGCUCUGGUAGGGCAGACGAAACAUGACUUGGUUGUCAGCCUGCCUGAGGAGGUCACUGCUCGGGGGUUCGGCCCAUUGUUACAGUUUGCCUACACUGCGGAGCUGUUACUCAGUAGAGAGAACAUCCAGGAGGUCAUCCGCUGUGCCGAGUUCCUGCGCAUGCACAACCUGGAGGAUUCCUGCUUCAGUUUCUUGCAGACCCAGCUCCUAAACAACGAGGAUGGCCUGUUCCUGUGCAAAAAAGACACCUCUUGCCAACGCAUGCAUGGAGACAUGGAGAACUCGGAGGGGGAGGAGGAGGAGGAAACAAUGGAAUCAGAAACCUCCAAGAUAUCGUGUCCCAAGGAGCGGGUGCAUCCAGAACCCCUUGGCUUUGAGUCUGCAGCCCCAGUAGCAGAGAAGGAAGAAGGCGUGCUACCUGACUCCGACGCGCCGAGGGACGAAGGCAGGGGCAGUCUGGACAAGGAUACGCUAACACGGUACCCCAGAUAUAAGAAAUACCAGCUUGCUUGUACCAAGAAUGUUGUCUACAACACAUCGCACAUCAGUACCUCAGGUUUUGCAAGCGCACUCAGUGAAGAGAACCCUGGCACCGGCCUCCAGGCGGGACUGGCCAUGGGGCAGAUCAAAAGUGAACCUUACAGUGAAGAGAAUGACGAGGAAAGCAUCACACUUUGCCUGUCUGGAGAGGAGCCCGAUGUCAGGGACAAAGAGGGGGAUGUCGAGAUGGAAAGGAAACAGCCUAGCCCCAUCCCCACCCCUGUGGCCACCACGUCUGCUGCUGCUGCUGCUGCUGCUGCUGCUGCAGCCACCGCUGCUACCCCCUUGGCCACCUGCAUGGACAGAUCUAAAAGCGGCUCCUCUCCUUCCUGUUUAGGGUCUCUCUUCAACAGAACAAAAAGUGCGGAGUUGUCGGGCUUGCCCAGUACUUCCCAACAGCACUUUGCCAGGAGUCCAGCUUGCCCUUUGGACAAGGGGACAACUCAGGGUGACCAUAAAACUGACUACAGCCCUUUCACAGGGAAUUAUGGACAGUCCCAUGCCAGUCAGAAAGAUGCUUCCAGCGUCCCAGUGGGGUCUCCUCUCAAGGGGCCCGGGUUUGAAACUCUCUGUAAGCAAGAAGGUGAGCUGGACAGGCGGAGUGUGAUCUUCUCUUCCAGCGCCUGCGACCAAGGGAACACUUCAGUGCAUUCAUAUUCUGGCGUCACCAGUUUGGACAAAGACCUCCCUGAGCCCGUGCCAAAGGGUCUUUGGGCAGGAGCUAGCCAGUCCCUCCCUAGCUCACAGACCUAUUCCCACAGUGGACUAAUAGCUGAUCACUUGCCAGGAAGGAUGCGGCCUAAUACCAGCUGCCCGGUGCCAAUUAAAGUUUGCCCUCGCUCUCCCCCCUUGGAGACCAGGACCAGGACCUCCAGCUCCUGCUCCUCCUACUCCUACGCAGAAGAUGGGAGUGGUGGUUCUCCCUGUAGCCUCCCUCUCUGUGAAUUCUCCUCCUCUCCCUGUUCCCAGGGAGCUCGAUUCCUUGCCACUGAUCAUCAGGAGCCAGGCCUGAUGGGAGAUGGAAUGUACAACCAAGUCCGACCCCAAAUUAAAUGUGAGCAGUCCUAUGGAACCAACUCAAGUGAUGAGUCUGGAUCGUUCUCUGAAGCAGACAGUGAGUCAUGUCCUGUGCAAGACAGGGGCCACGAGGUCAAACUUCCCUUUCCUGUCGAUCAAAUCACAGAUCUUCCAAGAAACGACUUCCAGAUGAUGAUAAAGAUGCACAAGUUAACCUCAGAACAGUUAGAGUUCAUUCACGACGUUCGCCGACGUAGCAAGAAUCGAAUUGCAGCUCAACGCUGCCGCAAAAGGAAACUAGACUGCAUUCAGAAUUUAGAAUGUGAAAUACGGAAAUUGGUAUGCGAGAAAGAAAAACUGUUAUCAGAAAGAAACCAACUGAAAGCAUGCAUGGGGGAACUCUUAGAUAACUUCUCCUGUCUUUCCCAAGAAGUCUGCCGAGAUAUCCAGAGCCCUGAGCAAAUCCAAGCCUUGCACCGGUAUUGCCCUGUCCUCAGGCCAGUGGAUCUCCCCACAGCCACCAGUAUUAACCCUUCGCCCACUGGCAUGGAGCAAAAUCUGGCAGCAUCCCAGUGUGUAGGGGAAAGCAUGCAGUGCUGCUUGGAUCAGGGCACUGUGCCCCUUGGGACUCCCUGGCUGCCCAACAAUGUGUCAGAGAAUUGUACAGCUGGGAGGAGGUUGGAAGUUGCUGACCAAGGUACCUACUCAGAGAGAGGGCCCUCUCUAGAACCAAGGAGCCAAACAGUGACCGUGGACUUCUGCCAGGAAAUGACUGAUAAAUGUACAACAGACGAACAGCCCAGGAAAGAUUAUACAUAGUGACUUGGGCCCUGACAUCCCCACCCAGACAAAUGUUCAUCAGUCAGCCUGUGGCCAGUUCAUUUGUUGUCUAGAAGAACGAAUUUGGUGCACACUACAGUGGUCUUAGCAGCAAUACUGUUUUUAAGUAUUUCCUCCUCCCUACAAGCAGGAGUUACGUAGUUAUCUUCACAAUGGUGCUAUCCCUUGCCCAGGCAGGGAACUCAAACAGUGGCAACACUGUCUGUUUUUAUAUGUUAAUUUCAAUCUUAACAGGGAUGGACAUAACACCUCUGAGGACCCAACCACAGAUUAUUUUCUCAGUGGCCCAUGUCACAAAACCCUAUCUCAGGAAUUUCCUCUGAAUGUUCAAUUUUUUUUCAUUGAAGACAGCUUCUAUACACAUCAAAGUUUUAUAACUAAACUGUACAUAUAAUAUAUAUAAUAUAUAAAAAUAUAUCUCCAUAUGCAAAAGUCCCUGCAUGCCUCAGUUUUCUCAUCCUAAAACUGGAAACUUUCAUUUCUAAUGUAUAAACAAGUUCCAACAUUCCUUUUUUUCUUUUCUUUUUUUUUUUGUUUGCCUUUGAUGCUAGAAGUAGUUUGGUAACUUGUUAUGGCAGUAAUUUUUUUCUUGGUUCAUAGUUCAUCAAUAUUACUCAGUUUGUACUUAUUUAUGGAAAAAUCAACAUGGAAAGCUUAUUUGAGAGUUGAUUGCAGAGUUUUUGUUUUGUUUAAUUUUGGGCACAAACAAAUGGUGCCAUCUGAGCAUUGUGGAUUUUUUUUCUUGCAGAUACUGUACAGUAAUGGUCAACUUUGCCACUUGCACUGAGUUUGGGGUCAAACCUAUUUUCAUAAAUGAAGUUGUAACUUCAGUAUAACUCGAGUAUACUGUAUAUUAUUUGCUUUAUAGUUUAAAAAAGUAAAACAUUUUAGAUAAUUAAAAAAGCACUCAGGUGAUAAUUAUGUAGGAGAAACAAUCUUGCCAAAUAAUGAAUUCACCCUCCAAUUUGUAGAUGAUAAUCUGCUUGAAUAUUUUUGUAUUUUAACUCCUUAGCCCCCUCCCUUCCCUUUUCCCAAGCAAAUUUUAAAGGCAUCUGGUUAGUGAUGGAUGCUUGAUGUCCAGAUUCCUAGGUGGGGAGAGAGUUUGGGCAUCCCACUUGAAAAAUGCAUCAGUAACAGAACAUCCAUCCAUGAUUUUACACCAGGAUUCUACAGGUGUUGGUGUCUAGAAACCAAGUUCUGUUUUCUUCCCUGAGGAAGUAAGUUGUGGGUGGUCACUACUUAUUCUCUGAAGGGUUCUGUUAUAAUAGGAUCUUCUCUUUUGAAGUCAUGGCUAUCAACCCAACUACCUUUGAGAAGGCCAAUCUCCCUGGAGAUGAUUGAAGCAAUUGGUUGAGUCCACUGAACCAAUGGCUGGUCUUUGAAUGGUCCAGAAGGCCAGUGAAGCAAAUGUGCCCCAAAUAGGAGAGACAGUAGUGCAGUUGCAAGCCCAAAGUCUCCUCCUGGCAUAGGCAGAAGAGGUUUUUUUUCCCUCCCUUCCUCCUCCAAGUGCAUUGAGUUGUGUUUUGAGGUUAUUUCACUGUCCUGCUGCCCAAGUAUGUCCAUAGCUCAUUCUGAGGCUUUAGACAAGACAAUACCAGAACUCUUCCUAAUGGCAUUUUUCCUCUUUUGCUACAAAACUGGUUGGCUGUGCACAUCUGCAUAAAGAGAGCAGCUUUUCCUCAGCACAGAGGGAUGAUGUUCUCCUCUGGUGCAAACGUUUACACAUGAGGUGUGCACCAGUGUUUCUCUUCAGGCACUCAGUAGCUCAACAUCUUUCCUUAGGAGGAGGAAUCAGCUCCCUCACUCCAUGAUACUUUUAUGACAUCAUGAAUAUGGACACUUAUGAAUGCCCUGGUCUUGCUUAACACCCCUUGACCCCGUGGCUGCAGUCUGGCUCUGGAGGAGAAUUGUGUAUGGUUUGAUAUGGGGCUAGGGUGGGAGGGGUCAUCGGGGGCUAAAUGGCUGAUUUUUGGUUCUUUCUUUGUGCCACUGUUUAGACAAUAUUAAAGCCGCAUGUAAAAAGGGGAAGUUAGUAUAAAACGUAGGCGAAAAGUGAAACCAUAAUAACAUAUGUUUUAGUAUUAACUUUUUCUGUACAAAAUACUAGCUCUAAAUGUUUAAAUAUGUGUGGAUGCCAGAAACUGUUGAUUCACACAGUAGGAAAAAAAAAAAAGACUUUUCUUUUAAAAUGCUUUCGUUUUAAAGACCUGCCUCUAGGUUUGUGUGUGUGUGUGUGUGUGUGUGUGUGUGUGUGUGUGUGCCUGAAACAGUUUUUUAUAAGGCCCUCUAUGGAUAAUUCAUUUUUUUUCUUAUUUGUUGUUGUUAUUGUUGUUGUUGCAAUUUCUUGACCUUGUAAAGUAAUUCUUUACUUCACCAUAAGGUUUUCAUUUGUGGGAGACAAUGGUGACAACAAGAAUUUUAAACUAAAUGUGAAUCACAUGAUCACUUCAUAGGUUUUUGUUAUCGGAGGGAGUCAGCUGACAGUAUUUUUUAAACUAUUUUUAUUGUUGCCUUUUUUAAUGACCUCCUCUUUUUUGUUUUUGGUUUUUAUUGUUCUACGAGUAUAUAAAUAACCAAGUCUGCACCAGCUUCUUGACAUGAUUUUACCCAAUUAACAACUCAUGUGCAACUGGUAGUCUUGACCUCAUUCCAUCCUUUGUGCGUAUUAUUGUUCUUGUUACUUUUAAACACCCACAGACCUUGUGCUGCAGCUAUUGGUUCCAACCUGGUUCUCGCUGAUGGUAAAUCUGUUUAUUUUUUCCCUCCCCUGACUGUCUACUAACCCAACCUUUGCCAUGGGAACUAUUGAUGAAAACCAUUGCUCAAGGGGGGGGGGAGGAACUUUUUCAAGCUUUUGGAGAUCCACUUUUUAAAUUGUAUUUAUUUACCCCAUGAAGUAACUGAUUUCAUGUAAUUGUUCAGAUGCUAUAGAUGUGGUUUUAGCUAUUCUGAACCAUGUGCUUAUCAAAUCUGUUACUGAUUCAUUUGGAGAGACUUAAAAGGGAGACACUUGGGAGGACUAGAUAUGGGACUGAAUCUGAAUUGGCUCCCAUGCAGUACAGAGAAUUUCCAAAUCAAAAAUUGAUUACCCUUUUUCCUUCCCCCCCCACUCAAAAUAAAUUUUUUUAAAAAGGUAAAAGUAGCAAUGAGAAAAACAACUUACACAAAAUUAAAGUCUAUAAUUGUGUUUUUAAAAUCUCUUCCUUCCAAAAUAAAGAGCAAACCACCCCUUAUCCAUGGCCAAAGUUCUAGUGGUAUCUACUUCAGAUUCCAAGUGGCUUCUAUCCAUGGGACAACCGAUAAUUGGGGCAACAGCAAUAAGUAGGCAGAUCUCACCCCAGCUUAGUGUUCCCUUUUCAUUUGCCUUCUCCAUGCUCCCUAUAUCACCAGAAAAACCUCAUUUCAUUUAAGCUUAUUGUGCUAUUGUCACUCAAAUGCUUUGCAGUGUGUAUUUUGUUUCUGCACAUUCUCUGGGGGUGCCUUGAAUAAGACAGAACUCCAUCGCACACUGAUUCUGGAACAAAUUGGUUGGAAAAGAAAAAGAAAAACUCUUAGUCAAGUUACUAGGACAUCCUAAUAUUUAUGCCGUGGACUUCCUAAUGUAUGAUGACUCAGGCGUCAGAGUUGAUGCUGCAGUAGAAGACUAUUAUUUUGUAUAAUGUACAAGUAAUUUAUUAAAUGUCUUUCUAAGGGUAUGCUGCUUUAAGAUGCACUAUAUUUUUGGAUUUAAUCCUUAUAUUGUUGUUUUCCCAAGGAAGUAAAAAUGUAGUAUUACAAAGGCUAACCAUAGUGAUUAGUAAGCCAACUACUACCUCUCUUUUUAAAAGAAGAGUGGGGACUAGCAACAGUAAUUGCAUUAGAUUAAUUGGUGUAGGAGAAGUAUCUCUAAUGUUAAAUCUGUCACUGCUGUGGAAAGGUCCAAUGCAAAUUUUCUAGCUAUUUUAAAUGCUUUAUAAUUGCAAGUUUUAAACACACACACACACACACACACACACACACACACACAAUUAUGACCCUGUAAGAAGACAGUCCCUUUAAUAAACCCAGAACGUCCUGUUGUUGGAAUCCACAACACAUUUUAGAUGAAGUACAGGUUCCUGACUGUUAAAAUUGGAAAUAAGGUGUAUUUUUCAAGCUUUCACAAGGUAUCACCCCCUAUCUUUGUCCUACAUAGUUCUGCUGACUGCACCCUCUCCACCCCUUCCCAAUUUAAUCUAAGAAUUGUUCAAGUCUUUUCAAACCAGCCAAACACCAUUGGCACAGCUUAGGGUGGCCUUUGGUUCUAUCCUUGACUCACUGGGAAUACAUGCGCAGUAAUUACUUUUGAAGUUUUCCCAAUGGAGGUGAAUUUGUUGCAGAAGCAGGGAUUGCUUGUGGCAGCUACAUGCCGCACAUAAAUGUUAGAGAUCCUGCUGAAGAUAGCCACAGGACAUUUUUUAAUAUAGAUAAUGUAUAUAUUCUGUUGUGAGCUAGUAUUUUCUUCUGACAUUGUGGUUUUCGUUUUAGGUUAUGUUUCUGGCAAAGCAAUCCUUAGGGUGAUUCAGGCUAUGUGGAUCUAGCAUCCAUGUAGGAUGUGUGUGUGUGUGUGUGUGUGUAUGUAUGUAUGUAUGUGCUUUGUGUAUAAUAUGUAUAUGUAUGUGUAUUUAUAAUGCAACCUGAACUAUUUUAUGACCCAGGCAUCAUCGUGAUGCUGUAGAAUCCAAUCUACAUGAACAUACGUAUGUGUGUGCAAAGAAUAUAUGUAUAUAGAAAAGACCUAUUAUGGCGGAUUAGGGAUAAAUUAUUGAUCUGACAGUGCAACAACAUAGCUUGCAACAAAAAGUAAAUGUAUAGUAUUUUCCUACACUCCACCAUGGUAGAUGAUAUUUAUACUAAACUAAUAUCAGUGACAUGUUUUUAAUUGUAAGCAUAAGACAUUGCCAUUUUGUGAAGAAAACCACUUUGGUGAGGGGGGUCAACUUGAGUAGUUUUUAUUUAAUGUUGUAACAUGGUAAUUAGCCAAAUCCGACAGCUGAUGAAAUAAACAGUUCUGUGAAUUUCACUUUCAUUCCAGUAGUAUUGACCUCAAAUCAAAGAAUGGCCCUCUCUGUGAGCAGGAGUGCACCAAGACCAGAUGUUUCACUCAGACUUACAUGUAGUGCCAAAAAAACACUCCCCCUGGGGGAGUGGAAGAGGGUGGAGUUGAUGGGAGUAAAAGAGCUGUGCCCCAGAAAAAAAAAAAAAACAAAAGUAGAAGCAACUUGAGUUGGUGAAAGCGUUUUCUCUCAGCAGGGUGAUUCUCAGACCUCUACCAUUUCUGGAGACAGGGGUGUGUGUGUGUGGGUGUGAUGUGGUAUGGUGUGUGUAUGGAUGUGUGUGUGUGUGUGAUUCCCACCCACCUGGCUCACAUUCGAACAGAGUGUAUUUGGCAUGUCUGCAUACUAUUGCUGCCUUUGAGGGCCCUGACUCAGGAGCACCCCAAGAGCAAGCAAGAGCGAUAGUGAACACAGCAGGGAUCGUUGGGUGCUUGUCCUAAUAUUAGCACCAUUCCUUUCAAGCAUCGCUUUGGAUUUCGAAGCCAGGAAUACCUGUAGAAUUUGUUCCAGAACCAGUCCAAUACAAGUGCACCUCUAAUAAAUGCCUUACAAACUUCAGAGGCCAUAUUCAGAACAGGGUUUUAUCAGCGUAUGCAAGGGGCUGCAGCCCCUCUUCUCUUCCUCCCCAGGUCAAACAGUAUGGACAGUUUUCACACAUAUCUACCUGUAUAAUCCUCUGUACCUCUCAUAACUGGUCAAUGACUGUAACAGGUUACAUCAGGUGUUUUUCUACAUACUUUUUACACAGAUUCUAUGCGAUUAAUGUAACUUAAUUCAAUGCAUCAUUUAAUUGUACUAGUUCUUAAGCUUGUCCUUAUUUUUUUUUCUAGGUGACUGUGGUUUCUUGUGAUUUUUAUUGUAAAAAUGAGAUGGCUGUUGAUGCUUAUUCUCUGUUACUAAGAAUUUUUACCUUUUUGGAAAAAAAAGAGCAUUGCUAUGAACUAAUGAAUUAAAACUUCAUUUAGUCGUUGUAAAUACAGUAUUGUGCAAAAAAAAAAAAGCCCAACCCUUUUCAUUCAUUUGAAUUGCUAGUGUUAACUGAAUUUUGUCUAGACACCAUUUCUGUUGAAGAAAUAAAGACAUAUCAUUAUGUAUUGUAAAUUGA